GUUUGCAGAUAGUGACGGCGGACAGCACUUAGCUAACUACCUAGCUAACAAAUUAAACAGGAGCGCAGACUUCACAGUCGGUUCCAGUAAGCAUGUUUUAGGUCUCUGCGAUGGCGCAUCUAUGAAAGAUAGCCCGAGAGGAAUUUCAUUUUGGAAAAUAAUACGAUGUUCAUUGCGUGGGAUAGCUCACUAGUGAGCUAAUGCGUUAGUUAGCUAACUACUCUGCAAAUCCCAACGGUCAUAGCCUUUACCGCGUCCGGAUUCCGUCUGUCUUGGUAGCUCGCUGACUUAACUUAAAUCGGUUUCGACGACCGUGAAAGAAUUUGCUAGAAAGUAAGUAAAGUCAGAUCGAAGGGCGUACUAAUCGUGCAGUUCAGAUUCUUAGAUUUUGAUUACCUGACAUAGCUGCUAACUAGCUAGCAAGAAAGGAACUUUCAAAGUGCUCCGCGUUGCUACCGAGCUUAGCUAGACUGCUAGUCAGACAGCCAGCGUUAACUCGCAUGACUUUAGGAAAUCGGAUCGGCUGUGGUUACUGCUGCAUAUAGUCAAGGAGACAGGUUUGUCUUUUGGGUGUUGUUGGCUAGCCAUUAAGUUGGUUACUGCUAGCUGGCUAGAAGCUAAACGUAAACGUUACGAGACAGGUUGUCAGCUACACUGACACUAGCAGCGGUUGGUGGUAUGUUUGUUUAGUUAGCUAACAAUCGUUAAACGGACAAUUCUACAACUGAAACUGAAAAGUUUAUUCAUGCAGAGUGAGUAAUCGGUAGCUAGCUCUAACUAGUUAGAGCGGAACUGGCAAGAGACGUAUGUGAAUUCGUUGAAACAGACACAAUGUCGUCUUUCUCGGAAUCCGCGCUGGAGAAGAAGUUGGCAGAGCUUAGCAACUCUCAGCAAAGCGUCCAGACGCUGUCGUUAUGGAUCAUCCAUCACCGAAAACACUCGUCGCUUAUCGUUCACGUGUGGCACCGAGAACUGAAAAAAGCUAAAAGCAGCAGGAAACUCACUUUCCUGUACCUUGCCAACGAUGUGAUCCAGAACAGCAAGAGGAAAGGGCCAGAGUUCACCCGGGAGUUUGAGUCUGUCCUCGUUGAUGCCUGCUCCCACGUUGCGAGAGAGGCUGAUGAUGGCUGUAGGAAGCACAUGGAGAGGCUGCUGAACAUCUGGCAGGAAAGGGGUGUGUACCGAGCCGACUUCAUCCAGCAGCUCAGGCUGGCCAUCGAGGACUCCAACAGCCCCAAGCGCAAAUCCUCAGAAGAGAGGAGAGGUACCAAACGGUCCUAUCACAAGGCGCAGGAGGAAGAGGAGGAAGAGGAGGAGGAUGAUGACUACAGGGGACACUACUCUCCGAGGGACACUGACACCACAGGCCCAUUACUGACAGAGGAGCUGGUGAAGGCCCUGCAGGACCUCGAGAGCGCCGCCUCAGGGGACGCCGCCGUGCGGCAGAAGAUCGCCUCCCUGCCGCAGGAAGUGCAGGACGUCUCCCUGCUGGAGAAGAUUACAGACAAAGAGGCCGCGGAUAAGCUGUCGAAGACCGUGGACGAGGCCUGUCUGCUGCUGGCGGAGUACAACGGUCGCCUGGCCGCCGAGUUGGAGGACCGGAGACAGCUGGCACGGAUGCUAACCGAGUACAUCCAGUGUCAGAAAGAAGCGCUGUCGGAGAGGGAAAAAAAGCUGGAGGAGUACAAGCAGAAGCUGGCCCGGGUCACCCAGGUACGCAAGGAGCUCAAGUCUCACAUUCAGAGCCUGCCAGACCUGUCUCUGCUGCCCAACGUCACCGGGGGCCUGGCCCCUCUGCCCUCCGCCGGGGACCUCUUUUCCACAGACUGAGCCCUCUGCCCCAACCGGAGGGGCACCUCCACCACCGAGAAUUCCUCAAUAAUCCCCCCACCCCCACCUUUAACAGACAGCUUUAUCUUUGGGAAGACUACUGGGGAAGAUCCAGCACACGCCUCCCAGAGGUGGUGCUGUGCUCAGUGUUGAGGUCUGUGAAAGGCCGUCUGUGGGGAGUUGACUGUGAUUCCUGCAUCACCAGCUUCAGAACUGGAACCGUACAACUGCAUUCAGUAGCUUUGAAAAGGUUUUUAUCUUUUCCCUUUUUUUAAAACAAAAAAAAAAAAAUCCAUUUGUUACCCUCACAUGAAAAAAGGGUAAUAAAGAGUUAAGGUUUCCUUCAGCCGGGUCACCUAAGCUUAGUCUUUUGUAAAUUUAUUUAUAAUUUUCUGUUGGUAAUUUUGGUUUUUGGUGUAUUGGGUAGGAUAAUCUGACCUCAGUGGUGUGUGGAUUUAAUGUUUUUUUGUUUUUUUUUUUUUGUUUUUUUUUUUUUUUGUGAAGGGGCAUUGCUUUAGUACAGAAGCUAGGCUUGUAGAUCUGCUGUCAGCUCAAAAGGGUCAGGUGUGAGGCGUAAGAUUAACCUGCCUCUUUAACCACCUUUAUUCUGCUGUUACCAGAUGCACUGUUUUAAUUCUCUAUCACCAUCGCUUUGCGUUUGACCAUCAUAAAAUUCAAGCUCUCACCUUACAUUACAGUGGCAGUACAGUUUUUGCUUUGUACUUCUCUGAUGCACAUUAAAUUUGUAACUUAAGUAUGAAAGUUACUUACUGGACACAUGCAGUUUUUGGCAAUCCGCAUAUGGAAUUCAUUUAACUCUCUUUAAUUGUCACUGUUAUUUUCAUAGUAAUGAAUUAAAAGCAAUCAGCCCAACAUAAGGAUGUAUCAGCUGGCCAAAACACACUGUUUCAUGUUUAUGAGCUUUCCUUGACUAAUUCUGAUAGAAACUAAAGGCAAAUAAGGCUCAGCAUUGCAACUCCAAUUAAAGUCCAACAUUUAAGUAUCACAAAACCAAAUUGUGGGGAUUUUAUUUUGACAUUUGAUUUAUGAUUGUGAAUAUGGUUAUGUGCUUGUCAAAAGUACAGAAGAUUGGGAGUGUUAUAAGUUGUUUAAAUAUGUUUCCAGUGUCAUCUUCCAUGCCUCCAGUACAUUCAUAACAGACUGCAUUUUUAUUGUAUGUUUACAUCCUUGAUAGCAGACACUUCUCCAAAGGACACGAUUGAAACCUGGCAUUUAUAAUAAAAACUGACUACCAAAACAUCUUUGAUUGUGCUGUACACCACAACAGUGUUUGGACUUUAAUGGGUUUUCAGAAGUGUGUGUCAGAGAUGACUGUCUUUGCAUAAAUGUCAAAUCAAAAUUUGUAAAGGGAG